UUAAACAUUCUCAAUCAUGUUUUUUCCAAUGAAAGAAACAAACAAACGAACAAUAAUUGGUCAACAGUUUUCAGUGGAAUUUAUAUAAUCCACCUAAAUGCAAAGCAGUUCCUCACUUUAGCUGGUCAAGUCGAAUAUAAACGCUGCUACAAAACAUGUAUUCAGCAAUUUCAUGCAGAAUGAAUCAGUUGCAUAAUGUAACUAAUGUUAGUUACUUACAUCAUUCACUCUUCCAAGUUAGGAAACCUCCGAUAUACUUGUCAUGUGCGACCAAUGUUUCUUCUAAAUUCUCGACUCGCUUGGGUUCACACUUCCUACAAUACAGGAGUUCCAAGCUAUCUCUCAAAUGUGCAUCGCAGUACUCUUCGGAUUCCUUGCUUCCCGAUCCAAUCCCUCAGAUAAUGAAGCAAAAAACGAUGUCCAUUUUGGAGAUUCUAAAGCAAGCGAAUUCACUUCUACCUUACGUAGUCUUUUCAAGUACACUUCUAGCUCUAAUCUCCCCGCGUUCUUUUACGUGGUUUACCAGCAGAUACUAUGCUCCUGCAUUAGGAUUUUUGAUGUUUGCAGUUGGAGUUAAUUCAAGUGAAAAGGAUUUCCUUGAAGCAUUUAACAGGCCAGCAGAACUUUUCACUGCUUAUUUUGGUCAAUUCGUAGUGAAGCCUCUUCUUGGAUAUCUUCUUUGCAUAAUUUCAGUAAACGUAUUUGGUCUACCGACAGCAAUAGGCGCAGGAAUUGUAUUGCUGUCUUGUGUUAGUGGAGCGCAGCUCUCAAGUUACGCUACUUUCCUAUCCGAUCCGAAAAUGGCACCAUUAAGCAUAGUUAUGACAUCGCUGUCAACUAUUUCUGCGGUUUUUGUCACACCACUCUUACUAUUGUUACUCAUCGGGAAGAAACUGCCUAUAGAUGUAAAAGGAAUGGUGUUUAGCAUUACACAGGUUGUGCUUGUUCCUAUUACACUGGGUUUAUUUCUAAAUCGAUUCUUUCCUCAUAUUUGUAAUGCUAUUCGACCGUUCUUGCCUCCACUAUCAGUAUUGGUAGCGGCUCUCUCUGCAGGAGCACCACUUGCUCUUAACAUCGACUCUGUUAAAUCCCCCUUUGGUUUUGCCAUCUUUUUGCUCGCUGUUGCUUUUCAUGUGUCAUCUUUUGUAGCCGGUUAUAUUCUUAGCGGAUUUGUCUUUCGUGAUUCUCCUGAUGCGAAGCCACUGCAGAGAACAAUUUCCUUCGAGACAGGAAUGCAAAGUAGCCUCCUUGCCCUGGCUCUUGCAAAUAAAUUCUUUGAAGAUCCAGUUGUUGGCAUGCCUUCUGCAAUUUCUUCUCCGCUUAUGUCUUUGAUGGGUUUUUCUCUUGUUCUGAUUUGGUCGAAAAUCAAGAACAAGUCAAAACAUGGCAGCUGAAGAAAAUAUUGAUACAGGGGUACAUGAAUUAGUUCAUCUCUUGUGUAUCUUAAUGAGCUUCUGUACAACAAAGGUGUUAUCACUUUUGUCUUUGGAGGAUUCUUAGUUAGACCAAUGGAAUUAGUGACUAACCAAUGCAUGGAAUAAAUGUAGCUAAGAAUCUUCCAAUCCAACCACAUAUUAUUGAAAAUAACUCAAAUCUCAAUUAGAUUAAAGAUAAGUUUGUGUUGGAGGUUUUGGCAUGUGAGAAAGGAACAUAUGAUAAAUUGCAGAUAGUAAACUUGGUUUUUCCCAUA